GGAGGGAGAUGGAUUUAAAAGUUUAACUUUUAGGGACUUCUCUGGUGGCGCAGUGGUUAAGAAUCGGCCUGUCAAUGCAGGGGAGACGGGUUCGAUCCGUGGUGGGGGAAGAUCCCACAUGCCAUGGAGCAAUUAAGCCCGCGAGCCACAAAUGCUGAGCCUGUGCUCUAGAGGCCGCGAGCCACAACUACUGAGCCCACACGCCUAGAGCCGGUGCUCCGCAACAAGAGAAGCCGCCGCAAUGAGAAGCCCGCGCACCGCAACGAAGAGUAGCUGCCACGCCCCCACGCGCAGCAAGGAAGACCCAACGCAGCCCCAAAUCAAUUAAUUAGUUAAUUUUUUUUUUAAAGUUUAACUUUUAAACUCUCCUCCUUGGAAAGCCGCGGUUUUCUUCCGGGACCCGCCUAGGUAGCACCUACAGGAUGAAGGCUCUCUCCCUCCUCCUCCUCCCAGUCCUGGGGCUGCUGGUGUGUGGCAAGUUGACGUGUCCCAUGGAUAAAGCCAUCAGUGAGAAGAUCCAGGAACUCACCAGCUCCCUAAAUCCUGCGGCAAUAAGGAACAUUGGCCUGGACUGCCGGAGUGUCACCUCCAGGGGGCACCUGGUCACUUGCCCCGCAGGUUUCGCCGUCACCAGCUGCACCUGUGGCUCUGCCUGUGGCUCGUGGGACGUGCGCGCCGAGACCACGUGCCACUGUCAGUGCGCCGGCAUGGACUGGACCGGAGCUCGCUGCUGUCGCCUGCGGGCCGAAUAGCCUAAGGUUGCGCUUGGGGGGCGGUGGCUCGGGCCUGGGUGCGUGGCCAGGCCU